AUGGCUCCUUCAGAGUACACUAUCAGACUGCAGAAGGGUAUCCAAGGAGGUUUCGCACCCCCCACUCCAUCUGCGAUUCUGACCUUGGUCAAAAGCGCCGAGAGCUCGAAUAUUAUCGUCAGCCAAGCUACCCGGCCAGAUGGUCAGCCGGGGAUUCAACAGCAACCUGAGAAAGCCCUCGACGCGUCAGAUGGAGAUGUAGAGAGUCUUGUAACUGAGCUUUAUGGGAUUCUGAAAGACUUGCCAAUGGAGGAUCCGGCGGGGUCGGAGGAUAUCUAUCAACUGGACACUUCUAUUACCUGGGGCAGUGAUGAUCUCGAAUGGUAUAAUGGUGGGCCGCAAGGGUGUGGGGGAGACCAGAGCGAUAUCCAACCUUCUAAGGCGCAGCAGGCUAAGUUCAGGAGGGCUGUUGAUGUUGUGUGGGAGUUGGUGGGUAUGGGGAACGCCUAA